CACUGCCGAGUGCCAGUUUAUUAAGAUUUUUUACCCCGUGUAACCAACGAAGUUUAACUCUGGGUGUUCAGGGUUAGGAUUGGAAGUAGAUUGGAUGACAAAAAGCCUGAACUUCGCCAGAAAAUGAAGAGAUAUUUUGGGGGUUUUGCCGCGCCCUUGAUAAAUGGCGUCGAAUAUAACGUCCUUUUCCUUGUGCAGUUUGCGUGCUGGGCUACGUGGACAUUUUUAAUGACACAAACAUGACAAAGGAUACUUUGAAGAUUGCUGCAUGAGUUUUACAGGACAUACUCCUUGACGGAGCCAACUCCUAUUCCGGUUUGUUGGUUCUGUUUACUUGUUGGAGUAUAAUUUCUUCACAACUGGACCGGCUCUCAAUCUGUUGAAGAUGGAAGAAGCCGACCAGUCAGCCUCGGAGUCCCAGGCUCUUGAGAAAACCACGGUAGAAUCUGAAGUCACGGACGAAAAUCGUAUCGACCUGUCCGUAGCAGUGGAAACACUUGCAGGUGAGGAAAACCCAGUUGAUGGCAUCGCCUCUCAAGGUGCUGUAGUCGAGGGUCUCCCUCUGCAGUCGGAAGAUGACCUCCCCCAUCUGACGGCUCAGUAUCAGGGUGUUGAUGGGUACACUGGAGGUGAGUCAGUUGAGGGCCUUCCGUCUCAUGAUGAGUCAGUUGAUAACCUUCCAACAGAGAGUCAGGUUAUCGAGGGGCUUGCUCCUCAAGAUCAAUCAGUUGACGGCCUUCCUCUCCAAAACGAGUCAGUUGAAUCGCUCCCGACAAAUGAGAAUACGGUUGAGACCUACAUUGUCCAGGAACAUUCCAUUGACGGCAUUCCGGGCCAGCAACAUGUGGUCACUCUCGCAGGCCCGGAUCACUCAGUUGGAAGCCUGCCAACUCAGACCCAGGCAAUUUUGACCCAGCAAGUUUCACAUCAUAUGGAUCCCAAUCACCAGAUUGAUGGCAAUGAUCAGGUGAACAUAGACUCCUCUAACGUAGUCAUAAGCACGGUCGAGGUGCCACUAGGUGUGAGUCAUUAUCAUGAUGCAUCCCAUAUGGAUGCUCAACAGGUCAUGCAUCACAUAGAUCCUAAUAUCGUAGAGGUCUCCUUAGCAGAGGCUGGCAUUGAUUCCACAAUCAGUGUCCACCACGAGCAACAUGAAAUGGAUAAUAACUUAGCUGGGGUUCAGUUAAAUGUCGAUGGUUAUCAUGUUAACCAACCUGUAGUUAUCACCCAAGACGGUCAGGCUAUGGGCCAAGACGGGAAUCCAAUGAAUGUAGAAAUUCUAUCUGGGGCAGACUCCACGAUGGCUAUCCAACAGGUUUCACAGUCUUACGAUCCAAAUGACGAUUCCCAGCCACGUUAUGUUCACAUCAUAACCGCACCGGACGGUACCAUGAAUAUACAGCAAGACUCGCAAGAAAUUCCGUUGGCGGUAGAGAUACUAACAGGGCUUGCUGAUUUUAUGAAUUCACAGCAAAUGCAAGAGCAGCCCCAACUCAUGGAUCAGCAAAUGGUCGAUGCGAUCAUAAAGCAUAAGAAACACAAGCAGAAAAAGGAUAAGGGCAAGGAUAAAGACAAACCUAAAAAGAACAAAAAGCACAAAAAGUCCAAGCGCUACAGGCUGACAGAAGAUGCACAGUGGAUGUGUGAGGUCUGUAAGAAGAAAUUUGGCAGCAAAGCAAAUCUCAAAGUUCACAUGAUAUGCCACUCCUCUGAAAGACCGUACGAGUGUCACUUGUGCCACAAAAAGUUCAAGCGCAACAGGUAUCUCAUUGAUCACAGAAGAACACACAUUGGCGAUCGGCCGUAUUUUUGCAGCUACUGCCACAAGGCGUUCGCUAAGAAAAGCUCGCUUAAUUGUCACGAGCGCGUGCACACGAAUCCCUUCAUGUGUUCAAUCUGCAACAAGGGGUUCUCCGAAAAGCGCGGGCUCAUCAUCCACGUGAGGUCCCACACGAACGAAAAACCUUUCGUUUGUCCCAUUUGCAACAAGGCCUUCACAUCCAAAAAUCCCCUGCUUCGACACGAGCGCAGUCACUCUGGCUUAAAGCCGUACAUUUGCAACGUUUGCAACAAGGCGUUCACGCGCAAAACGUCGCUGCACGACCACGAGCGCGUUCACACGGAUGAGAAGGCCUUCUCUUGCGAGAGUUGCAUGAAGACGUUUGCAGCGCGGAGUAGCCUACGGAGUCAUUUAAACAAGUACCAUCCCGGGGAGAGACCCAAGGUCCCGAAACUUGUCAAGACUUUGAACAUCCAACCGCCUGAUACGUCCCAAGAAGCGCGAACUAGGAACUACUACAACAGAAAGCCUGCGAAAGGCUACGAUAACCUCGAAAGACCUUACGUUUGUAAAAUCUGCAACAGGGGUUACACACGGCAGCGAACGCUCACGGUUCACGAAAGGGUCCACACCAAUCCCCUCCUAUUCGCUUGCAAAGUCUGCGGCAAUGUCUUUGCCGAGAAAAGAUCGCUGGUGAUACAUGAGCGCGUUCACACUCGUGAAAAGCCUUACAAUUGCGAACUUUGCGAUCGCGCAUUUUCCUCUCGCACUGCUUGUAAACGACACGAGAAGAGCCACACAGGCCUCAAGCCCUAUACAUGCAAAACCUGCGGGAAGGCUUUUACCAGAGGCACGUCUCUUCGCGAGCAUGCCAGGAUUCACUCGGAUGAUAAAGCCUUUUCCUGCUUGAAAUGCGGCAAGGUGUUUGGCGCGAAGAGCACGCUGCGAAGCCACGAUAAAAAACAUCACGCUAAUGAAAAACCGUUUGAAAUCCUAAAAAUCAUUUUCACAUAAGGCCCCUCUGUUAAAUGUAUGUCGCUAGAAAAUUAUGAGCAUACACAUGUGUACUCAUUCAAUUUUAAUUGGCUGAGAAUUUUAAUUCCAUGUAUACAUUGUGUCAUUAAGUAUGUGUAACAUCCUGGGCACCAUUCCUUCCUUCUCAGAAAUGUUACCCCACUGAGAAGAUAUGCCUUUCACAGUUAACUUUUUACUUCCAAAUUGAGGAUUU